AGUAUGAAUGCUGUAGACAGUGAGCAAUUGAAGGGUUCUAUAGGCUAGACCUCAUUCCCUGUGAGACUCAAUGACUUAUUUGUAUAAGAUAUUCUGAAAAAGGUCUAAGAAGGGUCUUCAUAACUGUUAUAGUCAUCUAUAUUUUCCAUGAAAAAUUAGACUAUGAUGACUCAUCAAAAUCUGUGUUUCCUGCUGCAUCAGAUUCUCUGAGCAGGAACUAUUUUUUUUUUUCCUCUCUGUUAUUAUUUUGUAUUUUGUUUGUCAGAAUACUGAACACAUAUAGGUGAAUAAUAUAUGUUGUACUAAUUCUGAUUUUGUUUCUUUCUGUGACUUUAAAUUGCAUAGUGAUAUCAGGGAAAAAUAAGCAUCUAUCUAUUGAGGAGUAUAUAUAUGUACUGAGAUUUUGUAAAGGCUGUUUCUGACUUAUCUAGACCUAUCUUCCAUGCCUACAACUCCCCAUCCUCAGUGAUAACAGAAUUUUUUUUCUCUUUCAUUUCCUACAGUGGUCUGUGGAGGUUGUUUUUUCAUCCUGUUUUAUAAAGACUACAGAUACUGUCUUGGCCUCCUCUUCUCCUAACUCUGAAUGGCUAGAAACCUCCUUUCCAAAUUCUGAUCUUUGCUUGUCCCUCUGUCCAGGGCAGAAAAGACUACAACGAGGAGUAUAAGAGAAAUGCAAUAAUAACCCAUUGUGAUGACUCCCAUCCUUCACCACAACCCUGGCACUGCACAGAUAUCCAUGACCAUUCCCCACAUGUCAUACCCAUUCAUUUUAUGGUUACAGCACAGCCCAUUCCCCAUAUUCAGUAGCCAGAUUUUCAAAUGCUAUUUAAUGAAGAAGAAAGAUCAACUAGGCUAUGAUUAUCUCCAACUAAAGACAUGGAUUCAGAAGAGAAGGAAAUUGUGGUUUGGGUUUGCCAAGAAGAGAAGAUUGUCUGUGGGUUAACCAAACGCACCACCUCUGCUGAUGUCAUCCAGGCUUUGCUUGAGGAACACGAGACUACAUUUGGAGAGAAAAGAUUUCUUCUGGGGAAGCCCAAUGAUUACUGUAUCAUAGAGAAGUGGAGAGGCUCAGAACGGGCUCUUCCCCCACUGACUAGAAUCCUGAAGCUUUGGAAAGCAUGGGGAGAUGAGCAGCCCAAUAUGCAGUUUGUUUUGGUCAAAGCAGAUGCUUUUCUUCCAGUUCCUUUGUGGCGAACAGCUGAAACCAAAUUAGUGCAACACACAGAAAAACCGUGGGAGCUCAGCCCAGCAAAUUACAUGAAGACAUUACCACCAGAUAAACAAAAAAGAAUAGUCAGAAAAACUUUCCGGAAACUGGCUAAAAUUAAGCAGGACACAGUUUCCCAUGAUCGAGAUAACAUGGAGACAUUAGUUCAUCUGAUAAUUUCCCAGGACCAUACAAUUCAUCAGCAGGUCAAGAGAAUGAAAGAGCUGGAUAUGGAAAUAGAAAAGUGUGAAGCUAAGUUCCACCUGGAUCGGGUAGAAAAUGAUGGAGAGAAUUAUGUUCAGGAUGCAUAUUUAAUGCCCAGUCUCGGUGAAGUUGAUCAAAAGCUAGACAUGCAGUAUGAAGAAAGCCAGAUUCUGGAGGACUUGAACGAAAGUGAUGGAAUUGUACAGUUGGAAGAACGACUGAAAUAUUACCGAAUGCUCAUUGAUAAGCUCUCUGCUGAAAUAGAAAAAGAGGUAAAAAGUGUCUGCAGUGAAAUAAAUGAAGAUGCAGAAGGGGCAGCUGCCAGUGAACUGGAAAGCUGUAAUUUAGAAAGCGUUAAGUGUGAUUUGGAGAAAAGCAUGAAAGCCGGUUUGAAAAUCCACUCUCAUUUGAGUGGCAUCCAGAAAGAGAUUAAGUACAGUGACUCAUUGCUUCAGAUGAAAGCAAAAGAAUAUGAACUCCUGGCAAAGGAGUUCAACUCACUUCACGUUAGCAACAAAGAUGGAUCCCAGUCACAGGAAAACAGAGGGAAGGAAUCUCAGGUUCCCAACAGCAGUGGGGAGAUUCCUCCCUUUACUCAAAGAGAAUUUAAUGUGUAUACAAACGACACAGACUCGGACACUGGUAUCAGCUCCAACCACAGUCAGGACUCGGAAACAGCUGUAGGAGAUACGGUGCUGUUGUCAACAUAAUAUGAAUGGCUUCUUUCUGACGUUUUUUAAUGUUGUCCAUGUUUUUUUUUUUUUUAAUUUAAUAGGAAACUUUAUUUUAAAUGUGACUCUCUGAAAAAGUGUAAAGCAUGUUACAGUAUUCAGUAGUUAAUAAAAACUAGAGAAAUUUGUUUGUUUUUGAUGUAAGAUUUCCAACAGGGCUUUAAUUAUUACAAGCUCAAACAAUGAACUAUUUAUUAGGAAUGCAUUAUAAUAAAUAGUUGUAUAACACAGAAAUAAUCUGAUGAGAAUUAUAUGAUAAUCUCACAGCUUCUAUGGAGAAGGACUUAUAUAAACUUAAAAACAAUUCUCAAUAUUGGACGGUCAAAAUAUUCAAAGCACACAUGAAGAAGUAAAAUUAAAAUGUGUUGCGAUAUCUUUUUUCAAUACUGUAUCAUUAGAGUUUUUAAAUCUGUAGAGUACAUGACAACUACUGUGUUGUAACUAUGUUAAUCCAAAUCUUAGUUCUUUUAAUUGAUCCUUAGAUUGUCCAAAAGGUCAUGCUUGUCACUUGCUGAACCCUUCUCCCUGUUUAAGCCCAUGCAAAGGGCUGCUGUUGGGA